CACUCGCAGCCCCAGCUUGACUGGCGGCGCGCGGGUUGGGCUGGGAGGGUAAAUGCAGCUCAGGCGAGGAAGCGGAGGCGCUGCUGCCGCUUCUCUGUGAUCGCCUUGCCUUCCAGGAGCAAACGGUUUGCAAGAACAAGGACCGGGGCGCUGGUGCUGGGAAGGAAGAACGAGAGCCGCGGAAAGCCGGUCUGAAGCGCCAGCCAGCAGCACCAGCUCCAGUCGCGCGCCAUCGCUCUUUCUCCGCCAGGCGGCAUGAGCAGCUGCGACGCCAAGGACUAUCUGGCCAGGAGGGAGAUCCCUCAGCUUUUCGAGAGUUUGCUGAAUGGAUUAAUGUGCUGCAAGCCUGAUGAUCCAGUCGAGUAUCUGGAAAGCUGCUUACAAAAAGUAAAAGAAUUGGGUGGAGCAGAAAAAGUAAAAUGGGACACUUUUGUCAGUCCAGAAAAAAGGUCACUACCUCCACUUAAUGGCAGCCAGUCAAGAAGAGCAUUUUUCAGGAACGUGAUGCCUGACAAUCCCAACUUUCCUUACCGGAGGUACGAUCGACUCCCUCCAAUUCACCAGUUCUCCAUUGAGAGUGACACAGAUCUCUCAGAAACAGCUGAACUUAUUGAGGAAUAUGAUGUGUUUGAUCCGACCAGGCCCCGGCCAAAAAUCAUCCUUGUCAUAGGUGGCCCUGGUAGUGGAAAGGGAACCCAGAGCUUGAAAAUAGCAGAACGCUAUGGCUUUGAGUAUAUCUCUGUGGGCGAAUUGUUAAGAAAGAAGAUCCACAGCACAAGCAGCAAUCGAAAGUGGAGUCUGAUUGCUAAGAUAAUUACAACUGGGGAAUUAGCCCCACAGGAAACCACAAUUACUGAGAUAAAGCAAAGAUUAAUGCAAAUUCCUGAUGAGGAGGGUAUUGUUAUUGACGGAUUUCCACGAGAUGUUGCCCAGGCUCUUUCCUUUGAGGACCAAAUCUGUACCCCAGAUUUGGUGGUGUUUUUGUCCUGCUCAAAUCAGAGGCUGAAAGAACGACUAAUGAAACGCGCUGAACAGCAGGGAAGGCCAGAUGAUAAUCUUAAAGCUACACAGAGACGCCUGACUAAUUUCAAGCAGAAUACUGUUCCGCUGGUCAAAUAUUUCCAGGAAAAGGGGCUGAUCGUGACUUUGGAUGCUGACAAAGAUGAGGAAGAGGUGUUCCGCAACAUAAGCCUGGCUGUUGACAACAAACUAUUUCCCACUCAAGAACUAGUGCCAAGUCCAUGUGAAGUUGACCUUAGUCUCAUUGUGGACCCAGGAGAGAUUCCUGAUAAUGAAUUUGACUUUGAAGAUCAG